CAAGUAUCAACUACUAAUGCUAUGUAUGGGCCUCCUCCGAGUUCUCUUCUGCAUUGGCGACUCGACGACUGUGUAUGUGCUUAUGUCUCUCAAUCUGCUCGCUCACAUGUCAGUGUUCCACUGCAUAGGUUUCAUCGCCGCUAUUGUCAAUGGUGCUCGACCUCAAGAUGCACUCGAACGCGUUGACCAAUGACGACGACCGAAUCACCAUGAUGAGCCUCCAUGAUCAUGGAUCACAUUGCAUCCGACUCUGGACCUUGGUGUGGGUCUGAGGUCUCGUCGCUCCGCCCCGAUUACGAAGCUGCUGGAAGGGAAAUUCGCUGUUGCGGGUGUGAGCCCUACGAUCGAUUUCUUAGAUAGGUCAUUCGUAAAAGACAUUGCUGUAAUGAACCCCUCGGCUGCCUUAUGGAUCUCUUGGACUUGCUGGUCGGAC